GCCUCCAUAAAAGGCAGCGGCGGGGGCUGGGGCCCCGGAUUGAGCCCUCCCCGCUCGGGGUCCCGACGCUCUGAGGUAGCCGGGAGGCCCAGACGCGCCCGUCGCAGGCCCGGCCGGGGAGCGGCGGGCGGCGGGGCGGGCCGCGGGCCCGGCGCGGUCCCGGGUGGGAGGCGGCCGCCGGCUGCGCACCGAGGCCUGCGACCCGGCCUCCGGCGCGGUCACUGCUAUCGCCUACGGUCGCACCAUGGCACUGAAGGCUGAGGGCGCCGCGCUCGACUGCUUCGAGGUAACGCUCAAAUGCGAGGAAGGGGAGGACGAAGAGGAGGCCAUGGUGGUGGCCGUCAUUCCGCGGCGGGAGCCGAUGCUCAGAGUGACCCAACAGGAGAAGACCCCACCACCUAGACCCAGCUUGCUGGAGGCAGGCAGUGAUGGCUGUGAGGAGCUCAGGCAGCAGGGGUCUUGGGAGCAGGAGUUCCUGGUGGGCAGCAGCCCGGGAGGCAGCGGGCGGGCGCUGUGCAUGGUGUGCGGCGCUGAGAUCCAGUCCCCGUCGGCUGACACAGCUCGCUCACACAUCUUGGAGCAGCACCCUCACACCCUGGACCUGAGCCCUUCGGAGAAGAGCAACAUCCUGGAGGCCUGGAGUGAGGGGGUGGCCCUUCUGCAGGAUGUCAGAAAUGAGCAGCGGUCCCCACCCAACUCAGAAUCAGGCCGGGAUGUUGAGCCAGACCCAGACUCCAACCCAGACGCUGCCAGAACACCAGCAGAGAUCGUCGUUCUCCUUGACUCCGAAGAUAACCCAUCCCUCCCUAAAAGGAGCCGUCCCAGGGGACUUCGCCCCCUCGAGCUUCCUGCUGCCUCCACUGCAGAGCCAGGAAAUAAGAAGCUCCGUGGUCAGAGGUGGAAGGAACCCCCUGAGGAAGAGCCAGUCAGGAAGAAAAGAGGCAGAUCUAUGACCAAAAACCCGGACCCUGACCCAGAGCCCCCGUCACCUGACUCACCCGCAGAGACUUUCGCAGCACCAGCCGAGGUCCGACACUUCACUGACGGCAGCUUCCCUCCUGGCUUCGUCCUGCAGCUCUUCUCCCAUACCCAGCUCAGGGCUCCAGACAGCAAGGACUCCCCUAAAGAGGGGGAGGCGGCAGAAGGAGCCCUGCCCCAGCCGGAAAGCCCCUCUCCAGCUCCCGCUCCAGGGCUCCGUGGGACACUGGAUCUCCAGGUUAUCCGCGUGCGGAUGGAGGAGCCCCCAGCAGUCAGCCUCCUGCAAGACUGGUCCAAGCACCCCCAGGGCACCAAGGGUGUGGGAGCAGAUGACGCCCCAGACUGGCCCACAGUUCUAUCGGAAUCCAACACCACUGUAGGGGGGGAGCCAAAGGCAGAGAGUGGGGUGUAAAUUCUUGCUUUCCUGGGGAGGAGAGAGGAAGUGGGGGAAGACACAGCAUGGCCCUUUGGCUUAUAACUCACAGCUGCCUGGCCUGGCCACCUGGCGGAGAGGGUAAGACCAGGUGCCAGGGCAGGGUGGGGGUGGGGCAGCAUCCACUGGUACCUCGGGGCACUGGAACCAUCUACCCUGGCCAGGCCUGAGGGCAGCUGAGGCUGGCAGGGGCGGCUUAGGCUGCCCGCAGUGGGGCAUUGGGCCUGUGGAGAACACCUACCCCAUCCUUUCCUGACCCAGCCCUCUCUGCCCACGCAGCCUCCUCCCACCCUCUCAGCCCCCCACCAUUCUCCCCUGGCACAGUGCCUUACAUGAGAGGUGGUCGUAACGGGGUUUGAACUGAGUCCCACUACCUCGGGGGACACCUCCCCUCCCUCACUUGUUCAGGCCCCUGAACCUGGAGGCCUCCAUUACCUCUUCCCGCCCCAUCCCUGCAGAGGGCUCUCCGGGGCUCCGUUCAGUCCUGCGCUCGUGUUCACCUGUUUUCCUGUUGUAUAUAUCACCUUUGUUGACAAUAAAUUAUUUUUUUUUAUUAAGAGAA